GGAAGGAAAAAAUUAUAUCAUUUUUGUAUCUGUGUUAUGUUUGAUGACGUGCCGUCAAAAAAAAACUGUCAUUUUCAUCCUACUUUUUCUUGUUUCGUUCGCCAAGUUGAAAAUCGAUGUAAUUUUUUACAACACAGUAACAGGUAGUUCACAACAUACUUGCUUACCAAGUGAUUCAUAAGAAAACGAAGAUGAGUUCAUUCCGGCGAGACAAGAAGGAGGAAGAGGAAGGCGGGGGAAAUCCAUUCCAGAACCUGGACAAGACCACACUUCUGCAGGAAGCACGGUACUUCAACGAGACGCCAGUCAACCACAGGAAGUGCACGCUGAUUCUAACCAAAAUCCUCUACCUGUUGAACCACGGAGAUCAGGAGUUGACCACACAAGAGGCUACUGAGAUCUUUUUCGCCACCACAAAGCUAUUUCAAUCGAAGGAUGUAGUCCUGCGUCGAUUGGUUUAUCUCUUAAUCAAAGAACUGAGUUCACAAGCUCAGGAUGUUAUCAUUGUAACAUCUUCGCUUACUAAAGAUAUGACUGGCAAGGAAGACUUGUACCGUGCCGCUGCUAUUAGAGCUCUUUGCAGCAUAACGGACAGCACAAUGCUGCAAGCCAUUGAAAGAUACAUGAAGCAGGCCAUUGUUGACAAGAAUCCAGCGGUCAGCUCUGCGGCUCUGGUGUCUGCGCUGCAUCUCUCCGCUACUGUUCCAGACCUGGUGCGGCGCUGGGCUAAUGAAGCACAGGAAGCCAUCAUGUCUGAUAACAUGAUGGUAUCGUACCACGCACUAGGAGUAGUGGUUGGAAGCCGUCGCAACGACCGACUGUCGACUGUGAAGCUCAUCACUAAGCUGGCGAAAUCAUCUCUGCGCACACCGUACGGAGUGUGCCUCCUCAUCCGCCACGCUGCCAAGUUAGCUGAAGAAGACGGCAAUGACGCAUCUGAUGUCUACAUCGACUUCAUUGAGUCUUGCCUUCGCCACAAGUCAGAAAUCGUGGUAUACGAGGCAGCUCACGCUAUCGUCAAUCUAAGGAAGUCGGCCAGAGAUCUUGCCCAAGCUGUGUCUGUGUUGCAAAUCUUCUGCGGUUCCUCCAAGGCCACUCUGCGCCUCGCUGGUGCCCGCACUUUGGCGAAACUGACAGCCAAGCAUCCGAAUGCUGUCGCAGCUUGCGCUGUCGACCUGGAAAACUUGAUUUCGGACCCGAACCGUUCUGUAGCCACUCUUGCGGUUACAACUCUUCUUGCGACUGGGGCUGAAAGCUCAAUCGAUCGUCUGAUGAAGCAGAUUUCCACAUUCAUGUCUGAAAUCUCGGACGAGUUCAAGAUUGUUGUUGUUCGUGCAAUUAAACGUCUUUGCACUAAAUAUCCUCGCAAACAUCAAUCUCUGGCAGCAUUUUUGGCUGGUAUGUUACGUGACGAAGGGGGCUUGGAGUACAAAACCGCCAUUGCAGAUGCUAUUAUUGCACUCGUAGAGGAGAACCCUGAUGCUAAAGAGACUGGGUUGGCGCACCUGUGUGAAUUUAUCGAAGAUUGCGAGCAUACUUCACUUGCAGUGAGGAUAUUACACGUCUUGGGAAGAGAAGGGCCAAAAGCUCGCCAGCCGUCACGAUACAUUCGGUUUAUUUACAACCGUGUGAUUCUGGAGUCCGGGCCGGUGCGCGCGGCCGCCGUGUCCGCCGUGGCGCGCUUCGGCGCCGCCCGCCCCGAGCUGAUGCCCAACAUCAGCGUGCUGCUCGCUCGCUGCACCGUCGACGACGAUGACGAGGUCAGGGACCGAGCUAUUUACUACAGCGCCAUCUUGGAAUCUGGAGACAAAGAUUUGGUCGAUGAAUACAUCUUAAACGUGCCAAAGCCUAAUCCAGUGCUGUUGGAGAAAGCAUUACGUGACCAUAUUGCUAACACUCCCAACUCACCGUUUGACAUUGACACUAUACCAGUACUUGCCGAGGCGGUGGAAGUGAAGGAAACACCGGCAGAAAUCGAGCAACGUAAACCAGCUGCGGUGUCACGUGAGGAGCAGUACGCUGACCAGCUCAACGUUAUUCCUGGCAUUGAGAAGAUUGGACCACCGUUCAAGACAUGCGAGACAGUUGAUCUAACUGAAGCUGAGACUGAGUACCGCAUCCGUUGCGUGAAGCACGUAUUUGCUCGUCACCUCGUACUUCAGUUUGAGUGCUUGAACACGCUGAGCGACCAACUGCUAGAGAAGGUCCACGUGCGCCUCGAGCCCCCGGCCGGCUACCAGUUGCUCGGAGAAGUUGCCUGCAACGAGCUUCCUUACGACAAGCAAGGCAGCGUAUUCCUUCUCCUGCAGUUCCCGGAUAAUCCUAUGGAGACUCUGGGAUCGUUUGGAGCCACGCUCGAGUUUAACGUGCGCGACUGCGACCCAACAACGGGCGAGCCAGAGCCGGGUGAAGGGUACGCCGAUAGCUACCCUCUAGAGGAGGUGACUAUUGGUUGCGCUGAACAAAUGCGGGCGAAAGCGAUGACUGACGACUGGGAGGCGACGUGGGAGCGCGCAGCGUCUGCCGCGGAGACGUGCGACACGUUUGGCCUGUCGCAGAAUGAUGUUGGUGAGGCGGCGGCGACUGUUUGCGAAUAUCUUGGAUGGCCGAAGUCGAGUAUAAGUGGUGACGCGGUGAAGGAGAUCCGCGGGGGUGGGAUGUGGCGGGGCGGGGUGCCGGUGCUGGUGCGCGCCAAGCUGGCGGCGGCGGGCGGCGCGGUCACCAUGCAGCUCACAGCUCGCUCGCCUCGCGAGGACAUCGCCACCGUUCUGCUAGCCGCUAUCGGCUGAGUACGCCGGUCCGUAUUAUUUUUGUCUUCUGUAAGUGUUACAGUUGAAAAUGAAACAGUGGAAUGAUAAUUUUAAUAUACGUGUCUGAAUUCAUAUUAAUCAUUAAAGUGUUAAAUGUUUCUUAUCGGUGUCUAUUUAUAUUAGAUAUACAUAGAACAACGCGGACUCGGGUGUACCUUGGGGAUAUAGUUACACCAACACCUGCGAGUGUCAAAUUUCUUCAACACUUGAUUCUCAAUCUAACAGAUACCAGCCAUGAAAUUUUAAAAACUUCGAGCCGUUAACUUUUACUGUCGUAGCCAAAAUACAAUAUAAAAUAAUGUUAACGUUAUAAACCCCAUUGAAAAAAAUAAUUUUGGUGUUUUAGUUCGAGAUUCGCUAUGUGUAUGUUUAUCAACUUCAAUUUGAA